ACAGUUUACACAGCCUUUCAUUAAGAAUUUGUUUGCAUAUAUACAUAUGCGUCUUAAGAUCAAAACUAUUGAUUAAUAUUUUAGUACUUUAUAAUGAAUUGCGUGAAUGCAUGUAUAUUUAAACAUGACUUCAACAAGAUACGACGCUGGUUAUCAACGAAAAUUUUUAAAUCAUUUAUGAAAUGUUGAACAUGUACAAUUCAGGCAAAAUGACCAUGUGUAAUAGUAUCUCUUUUCUUUUUUAUUUAUUCACUACAAGAGUCGCACUAGGUGCUAGUAUAACGGUAAACGAACUCUACCAGAGAAACAAAAUGGUGGUUUCCAAGACGUUGGCGGAAAUUCCCGCCAUUGGAAUCAACACGUGUGCAGCGGAGUGUAUAGCAUUCACCGACUGUCUGUCUAUAAACUUCAACACAGAACAAAUGGUGUGUGAAUUGAACACAGAGGAUGCCAAUAUUGUUGAUGACACUCAACACAAAUAUAUGUAUGCGACCAAAAGCCAACUUCAAACCGCUUCAAAGGACUGUGUGAAUUACUGCGAUGUGACCUGUCCUUCCAACCACAAAUGUGUUAAUUAUACAAAAGGAAAGGCUACCUGUAUACAUACCAAUUGUGGAGAACCACCAAACCUUGGAAACGGUAAAGUGAAAAACUUCUCAAGAGGGAGGUUGUUUGGUUCAGUAGCAGUCUACUCGUGUGACAACAAUUACGGUAAAUACGGCCCCACCACGUCAACCUGUUUAAUGACUGGGGUGUGGACGGAUGUUGGACAAUGCCUACAAUGUAGUCAGGCUCCGCCAUUGCUGAAUGCCAUAUCCACAAGUGGUAUUAGCCAAGCUUAUGGAACCGUCUUUACACACACUUGUAAAUCUAAUUUUGAGCCAGUUGGUAAUAUUUCUACCGAAUGUAGGGUCGACGGAACGUGGUCUCCCAUCACAGGGUUUUGUAAAGAAUCAUGCAAAGCGGGAUUCAUUGAAGAAGUUGACGGAUCAGGAAGACCAAUAGGCUUAUGUUGGCAAAUCUUUCCUGGCGGGGAAUUGACGUAUGCUGAAGCCACGGCCACCUGUCAGUCAAGAUCACGGAAUGGGCAGUUGCUGGUGCUUGACACGGCCUUGAAGAGACAUAGGGUGCGAUCGGCUCUGAUGCAAAUGUCGAUGUCAGGUAGAUUUAAAGCUUGGGUGAAUGGUCAAUUCAUUGGAACAGGUUACCACUAUAGUACAGGCGGGCCGUGCGUCGGUAACUGGAAGUCGGGAGAGCCGCAACACUCCAAACCCGACAAGUGUUUAUCUGUCUAUUUAAAUGAAGACUACCUCUGGAAAGAAAUAGAAUGUAAAGAUCACCUCCCCUUCAUCUGUGAGUCAAACAUAUAUUGAGACAAACAUAAGUAAAGAACCAUCAUCAAAACGAGAAGAACAUUUCCAGAGACAGAAUAUAGAUUUUUUUUUUUCAAUUUUAUUUUCCCAGACCUAUAACUAUAACAUAUAGUUCACCCUACUCUAAUCUUAAUGGUAGCUGUCAGGGAUGGGGCCCUGACUAAGCUCCAACCUAAUACUGAGAAGUAAAAGUUUUUCUACAUCAUUUCCCUGGAUGAAACAUUCAAUGUAUUUAUAAUAAUAGCAAUAGUACAAAAAGAAAGAUAAGGGAAAAACCCAACAUUUCAAAGAUAAAAUACAUGGAUAAUUUCUUUAUUAAAUAAUAUUUUAUAGCUUAACAAAUCAUAUGUUAUAAAUUAUGGCAGAUCGAAUGGUCAUUUUUGCUUCCCUAAUGAGAAUAAAACUUAAGACACAGGUUUCAUUGUAACAUUUAUUGUUUAUCCUUGCUAAUUGUAAACAUUAUAGAAAAAUUAAAUUAAAAAUAAGCGAGGGCUUUAGUUAGCUACUGAUUGUUUCGCACAUAACGUGUUUAUUAAUUGCUCACUUUUAUAGAAGAAUAUAUUAGAAAAUUAAUCAGAAUAUUUAUACAACAUGUAUAAUAUCAUUUUGAAAAAGCAAAAAUUGUUUAACAGUAAUCCAUUCAGAAUGCACGUAAAACCAUAUAAUAAGUCUACACAAGAGAUCAACACUUUUAAACAUAAUUUCAUAAUCUUGUAACAUCCGUAUUCGAGUCUACUGUUGACUCUCCUUUUGACAGCGGUUUGUUGUGCGAGUCAUUCUGGGCCAUGCAUUUGCA